AUGUCGAGCUCACCUGAGCCCGAAACUGCCAAUGGCUACUCCUACUCAGUGUCCUACGAUGCCGACGACGCCAAUGGCCAUGCCCGCAGUGAGAGCGACCUGUCCGAGACCAAUGGCGCCCUUACUGCCCGUCCUUUGCCCUCCACUGCAGCCGAGCAUCACGAGUCCGCCGACGAGCAUGAGAAUACCUACACGGAGGAACAGGACGCCAUUGCUUCCAGUGAAUCCGAUAAUGACCACCGAUCAGAGGAUGCCGACUUCGAUAUGGCCGAGAGCCCUGCUCCCUCCCACAGUGAUGUCGCUCAGGAAGAACGAUCGGCAUCCAACGACUCGCGGCAGUCCAACAAGCGUAAAGUCGCUAAUGACGAGGAGGACUUCAUCAACGCCAACCCAGAGCUGUACGGUUUGAGGAGAAGCUCCCGACCCACGAAGCAACCAAAAGUUGUUGAUUCUGAUGAAGAAGACUCGGAUUCCGAUGUCGUGCCUGUCAACAGACGGUCUGUCAAGAGGCGACGCGUCGAGCAGAUCUCCCAACAAUCUUCGAAACGAGCAACUCCUGUCCGACACACACCCGUCGACGACUCUGAUUCGGAUACAUACGGCGGCGCUCGCGGAAAGACUUUCAGAAAUAAGGCACGUCGUCAGCAGGCACAGGCCUCUUCUAGCACUGUCUUCGCUGAGAAGCGUUGGUCAAGCAGGAACGCAUCAACUAUUCAAGCCGGCAUGUACGCUGAGAGUGACGUUGAUGAGGACGACGACGAAGCCACCCCAGCUUAUUGGGGUGGAGACGAUAUCAUUGACGAUACACCCUACAUAGAAAAGGUCGUCGGCCAUCGGGUUACAGACGGCGGCGAGUUGACCAUCGAUGCUACGAAGGACGACUUCGAGUACAACAUCAAAUGGGAGGGUAAGUCACAUCUUCACAACACUUGGGACUUGUGGGACACUCUCAGAGGUUACCGUGGCGUCCGUAAGCUGGAGAAUUAUUUCAAGAAGUCUGUCGAAUACGAGAUCGACUUGAAGUUCGCUGGAGACGAUAUCCCACCCGAGACUCGAGAGCAGUACUUGCUCGACAAGGAACGUGAGCAAGAUGCACUGGCGGAUUACACCAAAGUCGAACGCAUCGUUGCCGUGCGACACGGAGACGAAGGUAAAGAGUACUUCGUCAAAUGGAAAGGUCUCACAUAUGAGUGUUGUACCUGGGAGCUUGCCUCCGCGAUCCGUGAUGAUGCCCAAGACAAGAUUGAUCAAUUCCUCGACCGCCAGUCGCGUACCUGGCAAUCCGACAAGUACGAAUCUAACCUCAAUACACGAACCAAAUUCUUGAAGCUUGACAAGCAGCCCGACUUCGUUACGAACGGAGAGCUGAGGAACUUCCAACUUACUGGUCUCAACUUUCUCUGUCUGAACUGGUGCCGCGGAAACAACGUCAUCCUGGCCGAUGAGAUGGGUCUCGGAAAGACCGUACAAAGUGUUUCCUGGCUCAGUUGGUUGCGCAAUGAGCGUCAGCAAGAAGGCCCCUUCCUGGUCGUCGCGCCUCUCAGUGUCAUUCCUGCCUGGUGUGACACCUUUAAUCUAUGGUCGCCGGAUCUGAACUAUGUCGUUUACCUCGGUAAUAGUGAAGCUCGCAGCACCAUCCGCGAGCAUGAACUGCUGGUGAAUGGAAAUCCAAAGAGGACCAAGUUCAACGUCCUGGUAACAUCAUACGAGUACAUCCUUUCUGACGCUGAUUUUCUGCGGACCUUGAAGUGGCAAGCACUUGCUGUUGAUGAAGCCCACCGUCUGAAGAACAAAGAGUCGAAGCUUUAUGCUGAACUGGUCAGCUUCGGUGCCCCCGCCAGGCUCUUGAUUACGGGCACCCCAAUCCAGAAUAACCUGGCUGAGCUUUCUGCUCUUCUCGACUUCUUAAACCCAGGCAAGGUUGUCAUUGACGAGGACCUUGAAACGUUGCAAAGUGCCGAUGCCCAGGAGAAACUCCAAGACCUCCACGCGGCCAUCGCCCCUUACAUCUUGCGGCGUACCAAGGAGACUGUUGAAUCUGACCUGCCACCAAAGACAGAAAAAAUCAUUCGUGUCGAGUUGUCUGACGUCCAGCUCGAGUACUAUAAAAACAUCCUGACGCGCAACUACGCUGCGCUCAACCAAGGCAACACUGGCCAAAAACAGUCCCUAUUGAACGUCGUCAUGGAGCUGAAGAAAGUCAGCAACCACCCGUACAUGUUCCCGGGUGCUGAGGAUAGGGUACUCGCUGGAAGUGAACGACGAGAAGACCAAAUCAAGGGACUCAUAACCAGCAGUGGAAAGAUGAUGUUACUAGACCAGCUGCUCACCAAGCUGAGAAAGGACAAUCAUCGUGUCUUGAUCUUCAGUCAGAUGGUCAAGAUGCUCGAUAUCCUCGGUGACUACCUCCGGCUUCGCGGAUAUCAGUUUCAACGCCUGGAUGGAACGGUUGCUGCUGGUCCUCGUCGUCUCGCCAUAAAUCACUUCAACGCUGAAGAAAGUCAGGAUUUCUGCUUCUUGUUGUCGACCAGAGCUGGAGGUCUCGGCAUCAAUUUAAUGACUGCAGACACGGUCAUCAUUUUUGAUUCGGACUGGAAUCCCCAGGCUGACCUGCAGGCUAUGGCUCGCGCUCACCGUAUCGGCCAGAAAAAGCCUGUCAUGGUGUAUCGACUUGUUUCCAAGGAAACUAUCGAAGAGGAAGUGCUUGAGCGUGCUCGUAAUAAGCUUUUGCUUGAGUACCUGGCCAUUCAAGCCGGUGUCACGGAUGAUGGCAAGGCAUUCCGAGAAGAGUUCAAGCAGCGCGGUCUCAAGGUUGACGAAGCCAAAUCAGCCGACGACAUACAGUGGAUUCUCAAGAUGCGAUCGCAGAAGAUGUUCGAACAAUCAGGCAACCAAGAACGCUUGGAGCAGCUUGAUAUUGAAUCUAUCCUGGAGAAUGCUGAAGUCACCAAGACUCAGGUUUCUGACAAGAUGAAUCUGAGUACUGGUGGUAUUGACUGGGACAACUUCAUGCAGUACACUGACGUCAAGGUUGACGAUCUGGCCCUCGACUGGGACCAGAUUAUCCCUGCGGACGAAUUGGUUGCUAUCAAAGCUGAAGAGGAUAAGAAGAAGAACGAGGAGUACCUCCAGCGAGUUGUGGAUGAAAGCGCUCCGAGACGUGCAGCCCUUAAAGGUGCACAAGCCAACGGCGACUCUGAUAGGGCUGAGCGAGCGGCUAAGAAGCGCGAGCGAGAGCAGCUCAAACAGGAACGCCUCGAGCAACAACGAGCCCUGCGUUCUGAUCCUCGACGGCCACUCAACGAAAAAGAAACCCGCAACCUUAUUAGGGCUUUCAUGCGCUAUGGCUAUUUCCACGACCGGCCGGAUGAGCUUUUGCGCGAUGCACGUCUCAGCGACCGUGAUCGGGAUUUUAUCCAUGCGCUUCUCGAUGAUCUGGUUCAAGCCGCUCACGAUGCUAAAGAAAGGAACGAAGACGAGCUUCGACAACAGGAACAGCAGACUAGAAAGAAGCUGACCAAGAAGGAUGUGAAAGCCGUCAUGUUUGACUUUGGGGAAAUCAAAAAGAUCAACGCGGAGACCAUCCUCGAACGACCGCCUCAGUUGAAGCUUCUCCGGCGGGUUAUCAAUGAGCAUUCCGACUUUCACGAUUUCCGUCUCGCCGAGGCCACCAAGGCUGCACACUACAGUUGCGAAUGGGGUGCCAAAGAAGACGGCAUGCUGAUGGUCGGAAUUGACCGUUAUGGAUUUGGUGCUUGGACCAACAUCCGUGAUGACAGAGAAUUGGGCAUGCAGGACAAAUUCUUCCUUGAAGAACACCGCGUAGAGAAGAAAGCUGCGCGUGAGCAAGGUGACGACAAGGGUGCCAAGGCCCCCGGAGCUGUUCACUUGGUCCGUCGCUCCGAAUAUCUUCUGUCUGUCUUGACUGCCGUUCACUCGGACGAUCAAGAAGCCAAACGCGUCGUCGAGAAUCAUCACCGAAACAACAAAAAGUCGGCUCUGGCACUCGCAAAUGGGCGAAGCAAGGCCAGCGCAUCCGCUUCUCCAGCGCCUCGAAAGAAAGAUCCAAGGGACCGCGAACUGAAUCGUUCACAUUCUCGAGAUCACGGCCGCUCUCGUGAAAUUGAUCGCGACUCUGCAAGGCCGAUCUCGAAACGUAAGCCGAGUGGUGGAAUUGACGAGGCAGCACGACGCAAGCAACCUCGCUUAGAGGAUGAUCACCGUGGUGGCGUGGACGACGCUCGAAGACGAGCUGAGCUUGAGGAGGAGGACGAUAGGAAAAACCAACCCAUCAUACAGGCUCUCAUGCAGCCGAUCUGGUCGCAUGUUCAGCGCGUGGAGUCUUGCACUAAAGCCAAUAUCCCUGUCGCCAAAGCUAGAGCGAAGAUCUUGAAAUCAGAGAUCACAGCGAUCGGCAACUUCAUUGAAGGAUUACCCAAGACUCCUGAGCUGAACAUUGAUGAGAUCAAGCCGAAGCUCUGGAGGUUUAUUUCUCAGCGAAUCCCAGCUAAUGAGAAAGACAAAGAGUCAGAAAGCAAACAGAUGACUGGCCCACGGCUGUCAACGCUCUAUCAACAGCUGAAGCAGGCUGAGAAGAGUGCUGUCGCUGACAAGCCGAAGUCGUCUGGCUCAGGCGGUGCGAAUGGCUCUUCUCGAGGUGAACCCUCGAAAGCCAAACACUAA